AUCACUGAGCGCUUCCCAUAGCUAAACGCUAUCGAGAGUAGCCUCCGUGCGUUUGGGCGGCAAACCCCGCGAACAAAAUGGAGAAGGGCAGAAACGUGGUGGUUUCAGCUCUACAGUUUGCCUGCACUGACGACGUCUCAACCAAUGUCGCCACCGCCGAGAGGCUUGUUAGAGCUGCUCAUAAAAAAGGUGCAAAUAUUAUUCUUAUUCAGGAACUCUUUGAAGGUUAUUACUUCUGUCAGGCACAGAGAGAGGAUUACAUUCAAAGAGCCAAGCCUCAUGAGGGCCACCCAACAAUUCUAAGGAUGCAGAAACUUGCUAAGGAGUUAGGUGUAGUCAUACCUGUUAGCUUCUUUGAGGAGGCAAACAAUGCACAUUAUAAUUCUAUAGCCAUUGUUGAUGCUGAUGGAACUGAUCUUGGGGUCUACAGAAAGUCACACAUCCCAGAUGGACCAGGUUACCAGGAAAAGUUCUAUUUUAAUCCAGGUGACACAGGCUUUAAGGUUUUCCAGACCAAAUUUGCAAAGAUUGGAGUUGCUAUCUGCUGGGAUCAGUGGUUUCCAGAGGCAGCACGGGCAAUGGUUCUUCAAGGUGCUGAGGUUUUGCUUUAUCCCACGGCUAUUGGGUCUGAACCUCAAGACGAAGGGCUAGACUCCCGUGAUCAUUGGAAGCGGGUUAUGCAAGGACAUGCUGGGGCCAAUUUGGUGCCUGUUGUGGCUUCAAAUCGAAUAGGAAAGGAGAUAAUUGACACUGAGCAUGGGAAAAGUGAGAUUACAUUUUAUGGAAACUCUUUUAUCGCAGGACCUACUGGAGAAAUUGUUUCAACUGCUGAUGAUAAAGAAGAAGCUGUUCUUAUCGCUGAAUUUGACCUGGACAAGAUCAAAUCACAGCGACAUUGUUGGGGUGUAUUCCGAGAUCGCCGACCAGAACUAUAUAAGGUGCUACUGACACUAGAUGGCACCAAUACUGUUCUGUAAAAAAAAAAAAAAAAGCCUCCACGACAUUGUUAUGGAAUUAUGUAUGGGAUGUUUUAGUCCUCUAAAUGCCUCCAGGACAUGUAUCAUCAUCAAUAAUGAGGGUGAACAAAUAUUAUUAUCUACCAGUCCAUUGUAAUUCAAUAAAUAUGUAGACUUGAGAGCCAUUCAGCCAAGUACUCGGAUAUUCUGUAUUAGAUCUUUCGGUUAUUAUGAUUAACUUGAAUCACUUCAUAUCAUCU